ACCUUUAAGCUUUUGACUUUCUUCUUUGUUUCAGUCUUCACGCGUCAUUGAAACUUCCAAGAAACAACACUGUUCUACAUUUACUCGGAAUUUGCUCUCACUUCUUGCAAGUCAUCUCAGCAACCGCCGUUUAUGUAAUGCAUGUCAAUUGGAUCACCAUGUUGGGAGGACAAUCUAGCAAGAAGAAAGGUAGUGAUGCAAUGUCACGACCCCUCCAAGCGAUCAUUGAUUCCCAAUUCUCAGCUGAUCUUAGCUCGUAUGAGGCUGCUUGUAUACUUGAUCCGGACUUGCAAUCCUUUGAUAAUAUCAUUCAUGAACGAACUAGCCGUGUUAUGAGCACUCUUUCUACCGAUGUCGAGGCCCGUGCCUUGUCUUUGGACUCACUCAAAGAGGUCAUAGGAUCUCUUCUUGACAUGAACCAAGAUGUGGCUAAAGUAAUUGUAGAAUGCAAGAAAGAUAUAUUGAAUAAUCAUGAAUUGUUUGAUUUGGUUGAAGAGUACUUUGAGAGUAGCAUCCAGAUCUUAGAUUUCUGCACUGUUUUUGAGAAUUGCCUUAAGCGUGCUCAAAAUAGCCAGUUAAUUAUUAAGCUUGCUGUUAAGCAGUUUGAGGAAGAAAUGGGAUUACAUGAUGGGGUUGAGGAGAAAAGGUAUGUCAAGACAUUGGGGGAAUUAAAGAAGUUUAAGGAAGCUGGGGAUCCAUUCACAGAGGAGUUUUUUACAUUAUUUCAGUUGGUGUAUAAGCAGCAGAUGUCUAUGUUACAGAAAUUGCAGAGAAGAAGAAGAAAGCUUGAUAAGAAACUGAAAUCCAUGAAAACAUGGAGGAUGGUGUCGAAUGUCUUGUUUGUUUCUGUAUUCGUGUCUGUAUUAAUUUUCUCAGUGGUGGCAGCUGCCAUUGCCGUUCCUCCUUUUGUUACAGCUUUGGCUGGCGCAUUGGCUGUUCCAAUUGGUUCAGUGGGGAAAUGGUGUGACUCUCUCUGGAGCUAUGAGAAUGCUGUGAAAGGGCAGAAGGAAUUAAUUAGUUCAAUGUGGAUUAACACUUUCAUUAAAAUCAAGGACAUGGAAAGUAUACAAAUACUUGUGAACAAACUGGAAAUUGAGAUGGAGUCAUUAUUGAACAAUGCUGAUUUUGCUCUCAGGGAAGAAGAUGUUAUAAAGCUUGCCAUUGACGAGAUCAAGAAGAAAUUGGAAGUUUUCAUGGAAACUAUUGAGGUUUUAUGUGAACAUGCUAAUAAGUGUAGCCGUGAUAUAAGAAGGGCUAGGACAGUGAUUUUACAGAAGAUAAUCAAAUAUCCCAGUAAUUGAAGAACCCAUUUGGUAAUAGUACUGAUGACUUCCCCAUGAUUCUUAUGCUAUUAUGUGAUGUGCUAGGUAAAACUUCUAAGUCUACACCGUGUAUCAAUUGGAUUUGGCUUGAUCAUUUAUAAAACUAUUGUGUUGAUAAACAGGCAUAUCCAUACUGUUUCCUGGUUUCAACUUCUAGUUUAUAAUAUUUAUUCACUGUUUGCCUUCAA